AAGGGGAAAGGAAAAAAGGGGAAGAAAGGGAAAGGUAAAACUGUGCUUGUAGAGCCUCCUGCGGAAGCGGAGCCAGUGUAUGUCGAAGUUAAGAAAAUUGUACAAUCUUAUGUGAAAACGCCAAUACUUCAUUGCCAUUUUGGGCCAAUGGAAUCUGCAGAUAUAGAUCCGAAAAUAAAGUACAUCUACAUUGUCCGCAAGAACCCAAACGAUAUUCCCCUGUUCAGUAAUAUCAACGAGUGUUUUGCUGAAUUGCCGCAGUUUUUCAUAGUUGGGUCAAUGAAGGGCAAUUUAAUUAUGACCAUGAAAUCAGUAGUGCAGGCUUACAAGCAAGCGAUCGAAUUUCAAUUCCGGGAACCAACAAUAACAGAGGCACAGAAGCUCGACUUUACCAUUGUGGAAAAAAUUGCGGAGACAGAGCAGCCAGGAUUAGUUGACUUUGCGAAACCUUCUCAGUUCAGACUGAAAGCAGUGAAGGCUAAAAAGAAAAUGGAGCAGGAUGAUGUAUCCGCCAAGUCGGAAUAUGCUGAAAGCAUAGCUGCCAAAAGCGGUGUUACAGAGGAACCAUCCGAAUCAGAGGCUACGUUAUCAGUGAAAUUAACGAUAUCGGAGCGUUGGGAUAAAUUACUUAAAGAGACGACAAAACAAGCUGAGGAGUAUUAUAAAAGAUUAGAAACAGUGGAACUGGAAAAGCCUCCAAUGCAAGCCCAACUACAUAAAAAUAUGGAAAAAUUUAUUGAAGGAAUUGACUGGACAAUGAGCCAUAUCGUUUGGGCUUUCAACCUUCCCACCGCAUACUUUGCUCCGGGGCAAGAGGACAUCCAAUUCGAAGACGCCAAGAUUCGAAUAGCUAUUGAUCCGAAGAAAGCUAAGUUAGAGGAAUUUUCCAAUCAGCAACUUGAAGAUGUGGCCAAUGGUUGGCGAACGCAUAUAAGACGAAUUCUAAAGGAUUUCAAAGAUAAACAACCUGAAGAAUUUACGCCGAUGGCCGAAUUCAAGCUUUGGCGAGAUCAAGAGCUCGAAAUGUACAGUAUUCUUGAACAACUGAAAACAUCCUUUGUAACACUUGUUUUAGAAAGAUUGCGAAGUGUGAAUUCACAGGCUUUGAGCGGGUGGGAAGACUUCGUCACUGAAAUUGAAGAAUAUCACUUGCGAGCAAAGGAAAACUCGGACUUUCUGUCAACGAUAACAGAAUAUUUAGAGGGCAUCCGAAAGUACGAUGAUUUUCGAUAUAUGUUCUCUUUGAUCCCCAAUUUAAUGGUGGGAUUACGGCACAUAUGGACCAUGUCUUCCUACUAUUGUCGAGAUGAACACAUGCUUGUGCUCUUGGGCCAAAUAUCAAAUGUUUUCACCAGCAAGGUCAAGAAAAUCGUAGCCCUACAUAAUGUAUUCAAGCAUUCUUCCGCGGAGGCAUUUGAUGCGUCCUCGAACUGUGCCAACUUGUUGCAGUCAUGGAAACAAUCGUACAUGGAAAGCAGAGCCCAUAUCGAAAAAUCAGGCGUUGGGUCCCGAUGGGAAUUCGAUAAAAACAUCUUGUUCGAUGAAGUGGACCACAUCUAUCGCAUUAGCAAGGACAUCGCCUAUAUAGCGAAUGUAUUCAUUGAAUUUGAAAAUAUGUUUGGAUUUCAAUUGAAGGCAAUAAUAACGGAUCCAUCGAUAGUUGACGAUAUAAUGAAGAAAGUUUAUCGUUUGUUGGACGACGUGCUGAACGUCGAUUAUGACAUCUUUUACCCGGGCAACUGGGAGAAUUGGGAAGACACGUUAGGAUAUUUUAAUAAACGAUUGGAGCUUGUGGAGAACGAAUCGAAAGGAGUUUUGGAUCAGUGUAUUUCGUCCUUGCGGUCCGCUGAUUUGGGACUGAAUUUGAUCCAGGAGGUGAAAACCUUGAAAACACGUCAAUCCUUGAUUGAUUAUAUGGCGGAUAAGCAUGAAAGUGUACUGCGGCAUUUCGUGACUGAAAUUGGCAUCGUGGAACAUGAAUUUCUGAAAAAUCGAAAGCAGCCACCUCUGACCCGGAACCAACCGCCAACUGUAGGUGCUAUUCAGUGGGUUCGAUUGUUGAGACAACAUUUGAAGAAAUCGGUUAUUGCAUUCAAAAAGGUGGAAAAUGACAUAAAUGUUCAAGCCAGCUAUCUCAAAAGGACUGCAUUCGGGCAGUAUUUCUCGUUGGUAAACGAUAUGUUCCAAUAUGAGAAAGACCACUUUGAAAAUUAUGAACGCAAAUCUAUUUUCGUGGCAAAUAAUAUGUUGCGUCGAAAUCUGUUGAAGUUGGAAAUCACAAAGUAUGAAACACUUGAGGCUUUAGCAGUUGCUGCAGAAGCAGGACCAGCAGCUCCAAAAAAGAGCAUGGUCGGGCAGGGUUUAUCGGCGCAAUUUUUUAAAAGGCAAAAGAAGUUAGCGGUCCUAGCUACGGCUAUCCAAUGGUUAGUGUCAAAAUCAUUCAAGGGAGAUGCACAAGUCAACAUGUGUCGAAGGUACCUGGAUCAAGUUAAAGGGUUAAAUAUCAACCUGAUGAAUGAAACAGACAAAUUUCGUAUGAGGCAAGCAAAUCUGGUGGUCAAAGCAAAUGGCCAAGAGAGCGUACCGGCUUGGAACGAUUUGAUUGGGAAGUCUGUUCUAGCAGAAUAUGAGAUGCAAUUUGUUGUAAACUUUUCAUAUGAAAUUUUCGAUAUUAUGAAAGAAGGGCAGCAACUAGAACACAUGGGAUUCAAACUUGUUCCAGCUGUUCGUAUGGCGAUAAUGCGAAAAAAUAUCUUAUUUGCCGAUUUUGAAGCGGUUAACGAGAUGAUUGAGAAGUAUAACGGAUUAAUGAGACAACUGUCCUUAUCUGAGGUCGAUUUCCUGCGCGAGCAUCUUUACGAGUGUGAAACUCUCAUUCAAGCCGGCCUUGGAAGGUACACUUGGCAAUCCUUUAAUAUCAUCAAAUAUUGUGAAACUUGUCAAGUGUUAAUACGGAAAAUCGCUUCAAUGGUUUAUCAAAUCAAGUAUAUCAGCACCGAUAUUACAAGCCGCGUGCGUCAAGUUGAAAACUUCAAUCUAUUCACCAUUACGAGCCGCAAAAGUCAAGCAACUUUCUUGAAUGAACCAGGAGAUCAGCAAAUGGAGGAAACAUUUGUGGUGGUAGACACCGAAAUUUAUCCUUGCAAGGAGUUCUUCACGAAAGUCGAAAGUAGUCGCGAUGAGAAGACAAUGCGGUUGAAGAAAUUAUACGACUCGUUAGGGCCUAUCCUGACCAAACUUGAAAGUUUGAUUCUGGGAACGUUUACUGGCAAAUCGAAAAAAAUGAAGGAGUACUAUAUAUAUUGGGAGAAGAACGCCUACGAAUGUAUUUUAAGAUUCGUGUUCCACAACUUGGACUUCUACGUGACAGCGCUAUUAGGGACAAAGCCACUUUUUGAGAUAGACGCUGUCCUUUCUACUCCGGAAAUCGUAUUAAAGCCCACGCAGUCGGAAAUAUAUAACAUCGUUGUGCAUUCAGUUAAGGAUUUCCUGGAAAGGAUAAAAGCUUUCACCCGAUGGAUGGACGGCACCUGUCUUCCAUGUCCUCCACAAGGCCCGGCCAACGAUCAGUACACAUUUUCCUUCUAUGAGGAUGUCAUGCAAAUAACACAAAUCUCAGAUUUAGUUCAGAAAGUUCAAGAUAUUGCGAUGAAGUUGAUAAAUGACUGUAAGAUGUACCUCCAGAAAUUCAAACGCUUCAAAAGUCUCUGGAUUUUCGACAAAAAUGCCAUCUGUGAGAAGUUUGUAAGCCGUGGGUAUCCGCUGGUGAAAAUUGAUGAAAAGUUUAUAUUCUACGCGAAUAUUAUUGCUGACCUGCGGAAGCUGAAGACCUAUCACGACGUAGGAGCUAUUCGGAUAAAUUUGCAGCCACUAUUGGACAGCAUUUGCAGCCACUCAUUGGAGUGGAAAAAUACCCUUGGAGAAAUUCUCGCAGAUAGGACGCGGAAAAAUAUGAUUGAACAAAGGGAUGAAAUGAAGAAACUUCGUUUGGAUUUGGACCGAAAUAUAAAAGGACUAGAGGACUUUAAGACCGUAAUGCAGACCAUAGCCACCGUACAAUCCCGCCUUACCACUGUCGAGCUGAAGAUUCAUGAAAUGCAGGAAACGUACACUGUUUUGAGCGAACACGAAAUUCGGUUUAAUUAUUCCGACAUGAUAAUGGCGUUCCACUUGGAAAAACGGUGGGAGCGCCUGUAUAGGUCAGCGCUGUUUAGAGGUGAAAAAUUGCAGCCGAUUAAAAUGAAAUUUGCUUCUUACACAUCCACGGAAAUUGAGGCCUUCUCUCUCGAGCUCGCUGAAUUCGUAAGGAGAUUCGAGGAGGAAGGUCCUGGAGCAGUCGGAACUGAUUUAGAUAAAGGCGCUAAGUUGAUGGAUCCAUACUUCGCUGAAUUUGAAUCAUACGAGCAACGCAGGACUGAGCUGGCGAAUGCGGAGAAGUUGUUUGAUAUGCCAUUAGCGGAUUAUUCUGAUUUUCAACGAUGUAGAAUGGAUUUCGAAGGAAUGCAACAAAUUUACAAGCUGUACCGGCACCAGAAGGUGGCUAGGGAAAAUUGGUCGAAAGCAUUAUGGGCUGAUUUGAAUCCUAACGUAUUGACCGAAGGCAUUGAGAACUACUUGAAGGAGUUUCGAAAACUGCCGAAACAGGUUCGGCAAAUGCCAGUCGGCCAAAUGCUUGAGUUGCAAAUGAAGCAAUUCAAAAAUUCGGUCCCGCUGAUGGUAAGCCUGAAGAACGAGGCACUGCGGGAGCGCCAUUGGCAUAUCUUGAUGGAGAAAACAGGAAAAAGUUUCGAUAUGGCCCCGGAUCGUUUCACCCUCGAGAAUAUGUUUGCCAUGGAAUUGCAUAACUAUCAGGACAUCGCCGAGGCAAUUAUAAAUAAUGCAAUUAAGGAACUCUCCAUAGAGAAAGGCGUGAAGGAGAUCGAAAGCACUUGGGAGACGAUGGCGUUCUCUGUGUACAAACACUACAAGGGCUCCGAGGAGCGGGGGUACUUUCUUGGCUCGGUGGAGGAAAUCAUUCAAGUCCUUGAGGAUAAUUCGAUGAAUUUACAGUCAAUGGGUGCCUCUCAGUUUAUUGGUCCCUUUCUUGAGACCGUUCAGAAGUGGGAGCGUUGCUUGGCGUUGGUCUAUGAAAUCAUCGACGAAUGGACGAGCGUACAGAGGAAGUGGCUGUACCUCGAGGGAAUAUUUAUUGGAGGCGAUAUAAGGACACAAUUACCAGAGGAAGCGCGAAAGUUUGAUGAUAUCGAUAAGGCUUAUAGGAGGAUUAUGACGGAUUGUGCGAAAAGUCCGCUCGUUGUGCCUCUCUGUAUGGUGACUGGUCGAUUGGCCGAAUUUCAAGGACUUGGUCUGGGAUUGGAGAAAUGCCAGAAAUCGUUGAACGAGUACUUGGAUUCUAAGAGGCGCAUCUUUCCGAGAUUCUACUUUAUAUCAACUGACGAGCUGUUGUCGAUUCUUGGCAAUAACGAUCCGAAGUGCGUUCAGGAUCACAUAAUAAAGAUGUAUGAUAACAUAAAAUCAUUGAGGUUUUCAAAGGAUAAUAUGGAUUUGAACAUCGUCACGGCUAUGAUUUCAAGUGAGGGUGAGAUUAUGAAGUUCAAGAAGUCAGUAACUGCUGAAGGUCGAGUUGAAGACUGGAUGAAUGAGGUUUUGGCGGAGAUGCGAGUAACAAAUCGUUUCAUUACGAAACAGGCUAUCUACGACUAUGGGAAAGUUCGCGAGCGACCUCGUCCCGAAUGGAUCAUGUUAUAUCAAGGAAUGGUUUGUUUAGCAGCGAAUCAGGUGUGGUGGACAGCUGAAGUUGAGGAAGUAUUUGAAAAGGCUGCAAGAGGCAACAAGCGUGCAAUGAAAGAGUAUCUGGAACAACAAAAUAAACAAAUUGAUGAUUUGGUAUUGACGGUUCGAACUGAUUUGACCCCGAAUGAUCGCCUUAAAUUUAAAACGAUCACCACAAUUGACGUCCACGCUCGAGAUAUUAUUGAGAAUUUUGUUCGAGAUAACAUUCUAGAUGCCCAGGAAUUCGAGUGGGAGAGUCAGUUACGUUUCUAUUGGAUAAAGCAAUUGGAUAACUUAAACGUGGUACAGUGUAGUGGUCAGUUUGAUUAUGGCUACGAAUAUAUGGGUUUGAAUGGGCGACUGGUAAUAACGCCGCUAACGGACAGAAUAUACUUGACGAUUACUCAGGCUUUGCUGAUGAAUUUGGGUGGAGCUCCAGCGGGACCAGCUGGAACUGGGAAGACUGAGACUGUGAAGGACUUAGCAAAAGCAAUGGCUUUGUUAUGUAUCGUCACAAAUUGCGGUGAAGGUAUGGAUUACAGAGCUGUUGGCACUAUCUUAGGGGGCUUAGCUCAGUGCGGAGCAUGGGGAUGUUUUGAUGAAUUCAACAGAAUUGAUAUCUCCGUCCUGAGUGUUAUUUCUACGCAACUGCAAACGAUUCGAAGUGCUCUAGUGCAGAAGGUCGAAAGAUUUACGUUCGAAGGGAACGAAAUCAAAAUCGAUCGGAAGGUCGGAAUAUUUGUCACCAUGAAUCCCGGCUAUGCAGGUCGAACGGAGCUGCCCGAGUCCGUGAAAGCUCUUUUCCGGCCGGUCACAUGCAUCAAACCGGAUUUGGAGUUAAUUUGCCUAAUAUCCCUAUUUUCUGACGGAUUUCUGACCGCAAAGGUCCUUGCCAAGAAGAUGACGGUGCUCUACAAACUUGCCCAAGAGCAAUUAUCAAAACAAUGCCAUUACGAUUGGGGUUUGCGCUCGUUAAAUUCUGUGCUCCGUAUGGCUGGCGUCAUGAAGAGGAAGUCGGAGGAUUUACCCGAAGCUGUGGUACUAAUGCGCGUAUUACGUGACAUGAAUUUCCCAAAGUUCGUGUUCGAGGAUGUGCCGCUGUUUUUAGGCCUGAUUAAGGACUUGUUCCCAGGAAUCGACUGCCCUCGAAUCGGAUACCCGGACUUCAACGCUGCUGUGCGACACAUAUUGCAAACAGAUGGCUACAUCGUACUUCCCGACCAAGAGGACAAAGUGGUGCAAAUGUAUGAAACAAUGAUGACCAGGCAUUCGACGAUGAUUGUGGGGCCCACGGGAGGAGGAAAAUCAGUUGUAAUAAAGACUCUGAUAAAAGCUCAAAUUCACAUGGGGUUGCCGACGAAAUGCACCGUGCUCAAUCCCAAGGCCUGCUCUGUCGUCGAGUUGUAUGGUUUCUUAGAUCCAGACACGAGAGAUUGGAUUGACGGCUUGUUUUCGAACAUUUUCCGUGAAAUGAAUAGACCAACAGAAAAAGAAGAGCGGCGCUACGUUUGCUUCGACGGGGAUGUAGACGCUCUUUGGAUUGAAAACAUGAACUCCGUCAUGGAUGACAAUAAACUUUUGACGUUGGCUAAUGGAGAGCGGAUAAGAUUGGAAAGCUAUUGUGCGUUGCUCUUUGAGGUUGGGAAUUUGUGGUAUGCCUCGCCAGCAACUGUAUCACGAGCGGGAAUGGUUUACGUCGAUCCGAAGAAUUUGGGCUUUGCACCGUAUUGGAGUCGUUGGGUUCUAUCAAGGCCGGAAAAUGAACAGCGAAAAAUUAGAGAAUCUUCGCAGGAGCUCUAUAAUACAUUCAUCCCCACUGGAAUAGGCUUCAUUAUAGAAGGAAUAGAAGGAACUCACCAGGGCACUCCACUGAAAACGGUGCUGCUGCAAACAGAUCUCAACAUGGUGGUGCAGUUUUGCUAUUUAUUUGAUGCCCUGCUGCCUCCUUUAGAGAGGAUGGAAGCAGUCGAAUAUAGCUCGGAUGUGUUAGAAUGCAUUUUUAUUGAGUGCUUGUAUGGAUCCCUGGGCGCUUGUCUAAUUGAGAAGGAUCGCAUCAAGUUUGAUGAGUACGUCAAAAAGCUGAUGGGUGGCGUUAAUGUAGAGGACAAGAAGGAGAAGCCGGCGGUCGUUGGUCAAUGUCCUUCGGCUAAACCAACCUUAUAUGAUUAUUUCUUUGAUAUUGAACGCAAAGCAUGGAUUGCAUGGGAGUGGGUGGUUCCAGAAUACGUGCAUGAUCGCAACGCCAAAUUCAGUGAAAUCCUUGUGCCAACUAUUGAUACUAUGAGAACUGACAGGAUAUUGUCAUUAAUGAAUGAGGUCCACCGGCCAGUCCUAUUGAUUGGCGAGACAGGGACAUCUAAGACUGCUAUUAUAUCAAAUUAUUUAAGAGCUUUGAAUCCCGAUGUAUUUGUCAUUCUCAAUCUGAACUUUUCAUCUCGGACAUCUUCGAUGGAUGUGCAACGAACUAUUGAAGCUGCUGUAGAGAAGCGGACUAAAGAUACAUACGGUCCACCGAUCGGAAAGAAAAUUGCAGCAUUUAUUGACGAAAUGAAUAUGCCCCAAGUUGAUGAAUACGGUACCCAACAACCGAUUGCAUUGCUUAAACUUCUCUUUGAAAGAGGUGGAAUGUACGACCGAGGAAAGGAUUUGACAUGGAAGAAUAUUAAGGACUUGAGUUUCUAUGCUGCAAUGGGGGUAGCUGGUGGUGGAAGGAACGAAGUUGACCCGCGAUUUAUAUCCAUGUUUUCGACCUUCAACCUUGUAUUUCCGAAUGAAGAUACCCUGAAACAGAUUUAUGCGUCCAUCUUUAAAGGUCAUUUAGAAACAUUCCCAGAUGAACUGUCCGCCGUAGCUGAUGUUUUAGUGCAAAUGACUUUGAAUUUAUUCAACGUUGUGGUUGUUGAACUUCCACCGACGCCUUCCAAGUUCCAUUAUAUAUUCAAUCUAAAGGAUUUGUCGAGAAUUUUUGCUGGACUUCUGCUCAUUGAACCGAAGUUUUUCAAGGAAAUAAAAGAGUUAGUUCGCGUUUGGCGUAAUGAGUUUACAAGGGUUAUGUGUGAUCGACUGGUUUCGCAAAAGGAUAUCGAAUUGAUGAGAGAGCAUAUCGCGUCGGAAAUAAAUGAGCAUUUCAUGCCAGAAAAUAGAGGAAAGGGCAGUCUCCUACAAGGCCUGGGCAUGCCAAUGCCUACCGAUGGAACAGAGCAAGAGGAAAAAACACAACAAGCAGCGGGUGACCAAACUACCGGUGAUAGGGAAGUAUCAAUCGCCGAAUAUGCAUUGCGUGAUCCUCUCUUGUUUGGUGACUAUAGAAAUGCUGUGAAUGAAUCAGAACCUCGAUUCUACGAAGACCUCCUCGAUUACAAGGCAAUAUACAAUCUUUUCCAAGAGAUUCUUCAAGAAUAUUGUGAAAGAAGAGGGAGGAUGAAUUUGGUGCUUUUUGAAGACUGUUUGGAGCAUCUGACCAGAAUACAUAGGACGCUUAGGAUGCAUAGAGGCCAUGUGCUUAUAGCAGGAGUGGGAGGUAGUGGCAAGCAGAGUAUUACACGUUUGUCAUCUUUUGCUGCAGAAUGCAGCGUCUUCAGCAUUACACUGAGCCGAGGAUAUAAUGAAUCAUCCUUCAGAGAAGAUCUCAAGAAACUUUACAAUCUGGCGGGCGUUGAUGCUAAGAAAACAGUUUUCUUAUUCACUGCGGCCCAGAUAGCGGAAGAAGGAUUUUUGGAGUUAAUUAAUAACAUUUUAACGGUCGGCUUUAUACCAGCACUUUUUACUGACGAGGAAAAGGAUGCGAUUGUCGGGGCUUGCAGGUCUAACGCCGAGAAAGCAGGACUAGCACCAACUAAAGACUCAGUUUGGUCAUACUUUCUGAACGUGUGUGCAGAGAACCUACAUGUAGUGCUCUGCAUGUCCCCAAGCGGCGAUGCUUUGAGAAAUCGUUGUCGAAAUUUCCCAGGAUUAGUGGGUAGCACCUAUAUCGAUUGGGUGUUUCCCUGGCCACAACAAGCACUGUCGGCUGUAGCUGAAGGUUUUUUGAUGGAGCAUCCGAUGAUACCGGAAAUUCAUAGAAAGUCAAUUAUUUCACACGUAGUUCAUGUUCAUACAACGAUUUAUCCUUACUCGCUUGAAUAUAUGCAGAAACUCCGCCGAGCCAAUUAUGUCACGCCAAAACACUAUUUGGAUUUCAUAAACACUUACCUACAACUUAUUGAUACGAAAAACAAUUUCAUCAAAGCUCAGUGCGACCGCCUUAUAGAGGGUAUCAACAAAAUUGAAGAGUCUUCGCAACAAAUUGAUCAACUUCGUCUAGUCGUAGCAGAGCAACAAAAAAAUGUUCAAAUUGCAUCGGAAAAGUGCGAGACAAUGCUAGCAGGCAUAGAGAGUUCCACUGAAGAAGCAAAUACUAAGAAGCAGGAAGCUUCUGAAAAAUCGGUCGAAGUUGAAAUUAAAAGCAAGCAAAUCGCCAUCGAGAAAACCGAAGCCGAAGAAGCCCUGGCAGCCGCAUUGCCUGCUUUGGAGCAGGCGCGUUUGGCUUUAGCUGAUCUAGACAAAUCAGAUAUUACAGAAAUUCGAAGUUUUGCUACGCCUCCUGAAGCUGUGCAGGUUGUUUCUGAAUCAGUUGCUAUUUUGAAAGGCAUAAAAGACAUAUCGUGGAAGUCGGCGAAGGCUAUGAUGUCAGACAGUGGGUUUCUGCGUAGCUUGUUGGAGAUGAAUUGCGAUGCGCUCACCCCGAAACAGAUUUCACAAGUACGAACCCACAUGAAGCGUUCCAAUCGGCUAGAUGAGAUGAAGUUCAUAUCCAAGGCCGGGUAUGGAUUAUUGAAAUUUGUUCAGGCUGUCUUGGGAUACAGUGAUGUAUAUCGAGAAGUAAAGCCCAAGAAGGAUAGAGUUCAGUACCUUGAGCAAGAGCUACAAAUUCAAAUCAAAACUUUGACAAAGUUGAAUUCUGAAAUACAAUCCCUUGAGGCGAAGCUUAAGGAUUUGAAUCAGCAGUUUGCAGAUGCCAUGAAGGAGAAAGGCGUACUUACGGACAUGAUGAACCAGGCGGAAAGACGGUUGUCUGCAUCGGAUCAGCUAAUUAAAGGGUUAAGCUCGGAAAAGAUUCGAUGGAAGCAAGAUUUAGAGAAUUUACAUAUUGAGCAAUCUCAACUCAUAGGCAAGUGUUUGGUUUCAGCAGCAUUCUUGGCGUACACAGGAGCAUUUUCCUGGGAGUUUCGAAAAACUAUGGUUUUCGACGACUGGCUUGAGGAUUUGAAAGACCGUGAAAUACCCAUCACACUUCCAUUUCGUAUCGACCAAGCCUUAACAUCGGACGUUGAAGUCUCACAGUGGACGUCGGAAGGACUCCCGCCAGAUGAGUUGUCCAUUCAAAACGGAAUUUUAACAAUCAAUGCUUCCCGUUUUCCACUAUGCAUAGACCCUCAACUUCAAGCUCUUAAUUGGAUAAAGAAACGUGAAGCUAAAAAUAACCUGAAAAUUCUAUCAUUCAGCGAUUCAGAUUUCCUGAAACACCUGGAAAUGGCAAUUAUGUAUGGAAUGCCAGUUUUGUUCCAGGAUGUGGACGACUACAUUGACCCCGUUAUUGACAAUGUGUUGGAGAAAAAUAUACAAGUUGUGAGUGGUCGACACUACAUCGUUCUUGGGGAUAAGGAAGUUGAUGUAGAUGCGAAUUUCAGAAUGUAUUUAACCACGAAAUUUGCCAAUCCUAAGUUUGACCCCGCUGUUUAUGCUAAGGCAAUGGUAAUAAAUUAUACCGUCACAGUCUCGGGCUUGGAAGAUCAGCUUUUGAGCGUUGUAGUAAGGAAUGAACGUCCUGACCUGGAAGUUCAACGUGAGACACUGAUUACCGAAACUAGUGAAAAUAAAAUCUUAUUGAAGGAACUGGAGGAUUCACUUUUGAGAGAGUUAGCUAACUCUACUGGAAACAUGUUGGACAACGUUGAACUAAUUGAAACUUUAGAAAAUACGAAGGUCAAAGCUACCGAAGUCUCCGAGAAACUGAAGCUAUCCGUUGAAACCGCGAAGGAUAUAGAAAAACUCCGUGAUGGAUAUCGGCCAGCAGCAAAACGUGGAGCCGUCCUCUUCUUUGUUCUCUCUGAUAUGUCCUCAGUGAACACGAUGUAUCAGUAUGCAUUGAGUUCAUAUUUAGAUGUAUUCUCGUUUGCCCUUCGGAAAUCAGUUCCAGAUACAGUCCUUGCGAAACGCCUGAACAAUAUUAUUCGCACGUUGACCGAGAAUGUAUACUAUUACGGAUGUAGCGGAAUAUUUGAAAAACAUAAAUUGCUCUAUUCCUUUCAAAUGACAACAAAGCUGCAACAAAGUGAUAAAAAGUUGUCCCAGUUGGAGCUGGAUUUCUUUAUAAAAGGGUCAAUAUCGCUACAGAAAAGUGAACGUGCGAACCCGACAAAGUGGUUGGUGGAUAAGGGAUGGGAAGACGUUUUGAAGCUGGCUAAUGACUUCCCGGAUUUGUUUGGUACUUUGCCGGAGCAUAUCGAGAAGAAUGUUAGUAACUGGAACGAGUGGUAUGACUUGGAGGCUCCAGAGGAAGUUCCUUGCCCGGGUGGUUUUAGUGAAAAACUUCGGCCAUUCCAUCAUCUACUCCUGCUACGUUGCUUCCGCGUAGACAGGAUUUUCCGUGCUAUUAAUCAGUAUAUCAGCACCAUAAUGGGAGAAUUUUACAUAACACCACCAGUCAUUAGUUUUGACAAUAUCUACGAGCAAACUUCUAACAUGAUUCCGGUUGUGUUCAUUCUGAGUCCAGGAUCGGAUCCAACUAGCGAUUUGAUGAAACUUGCUGAUCGUUGUGGAAAGUCACAUGCUGAUUUCCGGCAUAUUUCACUUGGACAAGGACAAGAAAGGGCUGCUCUAAAUCUGUUAGAUAUAUCGACAAACCGUGGACAAUGGUUGAUGUUGCAGAACGGCCACUUACUAAUUGCAUUCAUACGAAAUUUGGAGAAACAGUUGGAGAAAUUGGAAUCCCCACAUCCUGAAUUCAGAUUAUGGAUUACCACUGAUCCUACUCCCUCUUUCCCCAUUGGAAUACUGCAGCGGUCUUUAAAAAUUGUGACUGAGCCCCCGAACGGCUUGAAAUUGAAUUUGCGCUCAACAUUUUUCAAACUCCGCCAAGCCAAUUUAGAUGCGUGCAUUCACAAAUCGUUCAAACCUCUCAUUUUUGGGCUGGCAUUUUUCCAUGCAGUGGUUCAGGAGCGCCGAAAGUACGACAAACUUGGAUGGAACAUUUGCUAUGAUUUCAACGAAUCCGACUUUGAAGUUUGCAUGCAGAUUCUUCAGACAUAUUUGAAUAAAUCGCUGGGAUCUAAAGUGAAGCGUAUCCCAUGGGGCAGUUUGAAAUAUCUAAUUGGCGAAGUAAUGUACGGAGGAAGAGUGAUUGACGACUUCGAUCGAAGAAUCACCCGCAUCUACAUGGGCGAAUACAUGGGUGAUUUCCUAUUUGACUCAUUCCAACCAUUCUUCUUCUACAAGGAUGAACACGUAAGCUACAGCAUUCCCAAGGAAGCAAGUACGAAAGAGGAGUUCAUAAGUCAUAUCGAGAAGUUCCCGUUGGUAAACAAGCCUGACGUUUUCGGUUUGCAUCCAAACGCCGAAAUUGGCUAUUAUACGAACGCUGUGAAGGAUAUUUGGAGUCAACUUUUGGAGCUCCAACCACAAACUGGUGCCGCUGCUGGGGGCAUCAGUCGAGACGAUUAUAUCGACAGCAUUGCUUCUGACAUCCUUGAGAAAUUGCCACCGGCUUUCGAGGUCUGGAGAGUGAAGAAAGCCUUUCAGAUGAAUAUCACUCCCACUGGGGUUGUAUUGUUGCAAGAACUAGACCGGUUCAACCUGCUGGUGCUGCGGAUGAAGAAAACUUUGGAGCUGUUAAGAAAAGCUAUUGCUGGGGAAAUCGGGAUGGAUUCCGUCCUCGAUAAUAUAUCGAACUCACUUUUCAAUGGCCAGCUACCCAACGAGUGGCGAAAGUUGGCUCCGGCUACUUGCAAACAGCUUGGAUCUUGGAUGGACCAUUUGCUGGAACGGGCGAAACAGUACAAAUAUUGGUCAUUAUCUGGAGAGCCUCUGGUGAUGUGGUUAUCAGGACUGCACAUUCCUGAAAGCUAUCUGACAGCACUCGUGCAGGUUGCGUGUCGUAAAAAUGGUUGGCCUCUGGAUAAGUCGACCCUAUACACGUAUGUCACCGAAUUUAUUGAUCCUGAUGAUGUUGAAGAACGACCUCAAACUGGGUGUUAUAUUAGCGGACUUUUCUUGGAAGGCGCGAGAUGGGAUACAGAGAAUCACUGCUUAGCACGCUCGCUUCCGAAAAUUCUCGUUACUCAGCUUCCCAUUUUGGCUGUGGUGCCCAUUGAAGUCCAUCGACUAAAACUUCAGAAUACGUUCCGAACUCCAGUGUAUACAACUUCACAAAGAAGGAACGCAAUGGGCGUCGGACUGGUAUUCGAAGCCGAUCUUGCCACGCCGGAGCAUCCUAGUCAUUGGGUUCUGCAGGGGGUUUGCCUUACUCUGAAUGAUGAUUAAAUUAAAUUAAUUAGAUUUUACCCGUUAAUUCUGUUUUUAUUUUUCCAUUAAAUUUUUAUAUUAAUGCUUAACGACAACGAAUUGUAGC